UGGAGGCCAGCAGGGUUAGUGAUCCUCUCCCACCUCUACUCCUGUUCCCUCUCCCCACAAACUGCGUUUUUUUUUCCAGCUUUGAAAGAGGACCACCACACAACAUAUCAGACUUUUGAACUUUUGGUUUCAAACUAGUUACAAGUUGGACUUCAGCUCCUCAAGUUGGAUUUCUGUCCUUUCAGGUUCGGCUUAUUUACGGCUUGUUUUCACCGUUUCUAAUUUCUAAUUUUCUCCCCCGGACUGUGUUUCAUUUCAGUGAGGUACGAUGGCUCCUGGAGUGCUUAAUGCACAAGUUAAAAAUUCCCUGAGUGGGAAUGAAUAUUUUGACCACGGUUCUAUAGAGGAACAGGAAUCUCUACCUCCGCUCCGCAGCUACCUUUGCUUGACUGUUCUCACCUGCUUUUGUCCUGCAUACCCCGUCAACCUUGUGGCCCUGGUCUUGUCUAUCAUGUCUAGGAACAGCUAUUAUCGCGGUGACUACGAUGGUUCGAGGCGGCUGGGCAGGAGCGCUCUCUAUGUCGCUGUUGCCUCCGUCAUCAUCGGCCUUCUCAUCAUCGCCAUCUCCUGCAUCGUUCAUUUUACCAAUGAUGAUGGUUAGUGUUGUGGACGGGGAAAGAGGGGGAGAAGAGAAAUAAGACAGCUGGACAGAAAACGGUGGAUGAUGAUGUCUGGAUGGGCUCAGGUGGUUGGCUCAUACUGUACCAUCUGCCAAAGAAAGGACUAUGACUCGCCUCGUGUUUACUUCAAUCUGCACAUCACUUCCUCUCAUGUUUACUGCUCUUCAUGUGGACAAUCAAGGACUAUAAAAUCUGGUAAAUGUUUACAUUUCAAAGAUGCUUUGAAUUAAAAAGGCAGCUUUCUUCAAAUGUGUAGGGAAUCGGUGCUUUACAGCAAGUUUUUGUUAGGUUGUGACCCCAAUAUGAAAAAUGUAUUUUCACUGUUGUUUUUUAACUAGAAUGGUGACAACAAACUGUCUAUAACUUGAUCAGAAUACCUACUUUAUCCAUUAAGAAAUACUUUUAUUUCUGAUAAUACUUUUACUACAACAUACUACAACAUUUAUAUUCAUUAUUAUAAUAAUGUCUGUCAUUGGUAACAUUAAUAAAAUAACUUUGGUAUGUACAGUACCAUUUAUUCCUCAUCUGUAACAAUAAAGAAUUUACAAUGUUUUAAUGCUUCUUAGCGAACUCCUUAUUAAUUAGCUCUAGAUAUUUCUAGAUUAUUUCCUGCUGUACAUCACGAUUGUGUCUAAGAAUGAAUGUAUAAACAAACCUGUUGGUUCAUUUUUGUUCUAUGUUUGUUGUUUUACUGUAAAAGGCCCUCAACCGAUUUUAUUUCUGUUUACUUGUUGAAAAGAAUUCGACUCGCCCUGUGGCUACUUCUGAGGCUAUGAAGGGAGCUUUUUAUCUUGAGACGAUGCAACUUUUAAAGAGGAAAUAACAUAUUAUUCCACUACCUACAUUCAUGAGCAAUACAACACUCUCUUCUUCAAUUUAAUACAGUCAGGGAUUUGCUGCUACAGCCACACGUGGUCUGGUAUGACUAGUAGCUUAUGGUGGCUAAUGUUAGCAAGUUUGAUUCGAUAUUGUUAGUUCCCAUUGCAAAGCCUAAAACAAAAUAUGCUGGCCUCGGUAAAAAACACUUUGGUGGACAGGGCCCCUUACUCUUCUCCACUUAUGCUACUUUUAUAGGUUUUAGCAAUGAUCCCUUAAUUGUCACUUGUGGCUGCUGCACAGCAAAAGUUACAAAAUCCCACUUUAAAAGUACAGAAAAUAACCCUGAUGAUGUCAUCACAAAUUUGGAAUGAAGUGCCCCUUUAACAACAUACUAAAAAACAUUUUUUUUUUACCUUUCUUGGCAACUGCAGGUUAUAUUUCCCGUUUGAUUCAUUUCAUCUUGUUAAUGCUAUGUUAUCUGAGAAGUGCCACACUAUUUCCUGUGUGGAUUGACAAGCCAUGGCGUGGCUCGAGACUGGGCCAAAUUUGGCAUCAAAGCUAUCAUAUAAAAGUAAACACAAUCCAAAAGAUCAUAUUACAUGUCUUUGAGAUUAUCUACACCUGUUGCCUAUUGGACCUUCACACUCCACCCCUCUUUUUUAACCUUUAAAUUCUGUUUUAAAUUAUGAUUUAAUGCAAAAUAAACAGAGUUAUGUACAUAAACAGACUCAGGCCUAUUUGGAAUAUUUGUUUCUCACCCAAGUUUAUUUCGAAACCUCAUUUGAACCUUUAAGUAUGACAUGUCUUGCUGGGAAAUUUUCUAGUAGUUUGAUAUGUCAUAGUAUCUCCCUAACUAAAUAUAGAAGAUUUCCCGUCCGUGUCGCAGGUUGCGCAGCACGGCACAUGGUCAAGCAGAAGUGACCCUGUUGCAAGGUAGUUGAAACAUAUGAAAAGUGUCAUAAAAGGUAGGGAGGAAAUAAAGUGAUGAUUCAGAUAAGUUCAAGCAGGAAGGGGCUGACCCUGUGUGUCCAAUUCAAUCUCAUCUCAGACCUCAUCUCAGUUUUUUUCCAUUGUUGCUAUUGAACACUUUUCUUACAUGUAUCUUCACAGCUCUCCACGGGAUAACAAUGACCUUCAUAGACAGACAAAUUAACACCUAAAUGCUAUAAACAAAACUAAUUAAAAUGCGCCGUUUGCGUUUUCAUUUUCGAUUUGCAGUAUUCUGUCAAACCAAUCUCCCGUGUGCAGGUGUAACUCAAAGCAGUGCCUCUGAUGUAACAAGCCUGUUGCCAAGUUCAGCAGUUAUUCUAAUGCACUUGGACAAAUUAGUUUUGGCAGUAAUCUUGUACUAUUAUCUCCAAUUACUUGAAAUGCAGUGUGUUUGUAGUGCCACCUCUUUGAUGUCACACCAAAGCAAACCUUGAGAGAACGAGAUGAAAAAUGAAAUGAGUGCAGGGAUUAGGCGACUUGAAAGCACUUAGUAAGAUUAUCUUGGGAUCAAGGUAGACUUUGUGACAGGAAACUGAUUACCGUAGUAUAUAAUGAAGCCUUUGUAUUGAAAAAUCCGCACAAACAAAAUUAAUUAAUAUAGUUUUCAUUACAUAUUUAAUGCUACAUUACAGAGAUUUCCAGCUUUGUGAGUCAGCUGUGUUUUUUUCUUAUUCUGUACCAGAAUAAUGUUCUUUUCCAGCUCGCAUUCACAGCAUCAGCUCACCUGAAGCUGUGCUGUUGUGUUGCUAGCUGCACUAUAGCAGCCAAUACAUUUGGAGAGCACUCCAUGACUCACAUGAAGUGCUCAUAAAUAGGCCACUCAAAGCAGCUGCUUCCAUUAGCACAAGAUAGAGCCUCCGUGCGUACAUAUCCCAUGACACAUUCCUCUCAGGGAGCAGCAGUUUGAUCCAGUUUGAAUACAUGAAAGAGGAUAACUGUGGGAAUGAUGCAGAGCGGGCAAGGAAACACUAAGAUGCAUUCAGCCUACAUCUGGAAAUGGGGCUGAUCAGAGUUGCGAGAGUAAACCAAAAAAGAAAAAAAAGAAAACCCAAAACAAUCAUCCGCCACAACCAUCAGCUAAAAUGAACACACCUGUGGAGGCAAUUAACGGGGGCGGGAGCACAGCGACAGGAUAUAACUGCUGCCCAGAACGGAGCGACAAAAAAAGAAAACACAACGGAGCAAAGGAGAAGCGGAAAGAGACUGAGAGCGGAGCGGGCGGACGCAGCCGCAUAGCUGUUAGUUUUAAUAAUCCUGCUUGGUGCCACUUUUACUGAUCAAUUUUUCAAUAAAUUAUUCAACUUGAA